UCUCUCAGGGAUGAGUUUCUAUAACUUCCAUUGCGGCCUCGCCAUUUUUUGUAUUCGCUAAGGAAACAUGCUUGUCUGAUGUUGGUGGAUGGCUUGAAUUUUCCGGCAAGCUUGGAUUCUUCGUCGCCGGUGGCGAGGAUGACCGGCUCCCCGCUUUUGAGGGUUAUAAAGUGGCGAAAAUGAGCAUGAGUGAGAGCGAUGCCGAGGAAGAAUCGACACAAGAAGUUCAAGUCCCGGCUGAUAUUGAUUGGCAUAUGCUUGAUAAAUCGAAGUUUUUCUUCCUUGGUGCUGCCCUUUUCUCAGGGGUUUCAGCAACUCUGUACCCGAUUGUUGUAUUGAAAACGAGGCAGCAAGUAGCUGAAUCCCGAGUUUCUUGUAUCCAAACUGCACUUUCACUUAUUAGGAAUGAGGGUUUUCGAGCAUUGUACAGAGGUUUUGGUACUUCCUUGAUGGGUACAAUUCCAGCUCGAGCACUAUAUAUGGCUGCCCUGGAGAUUACAAAGAGUAAUGUAGGCACUGUCACGGUUAGGUUAGGGCUUGCCGAACCAACUGCGGCUACUAUCGCCAAUGCUGCUGCAGGUUUGAGUGCUGCCAUGGCAGCUCAACUCGUGUGGACCCCCGUUGAUGUUGUGAGCCAAAGGUUGAUGGUUCAAGGUGGUUGUAAUUCAAAUAAUCCAAAGGCUUCGGCACAUCUAUAUGUCAACGGGAUUGAUGCAUUCAAGAAAAUUCUGAUCACAGAUGGUCCCAGAGGUUUGUAUAGGGGGUUUGGGAUAUCCAUUUUGACAUAUGCACCCUCAAAUGCAGUUUGGUGGGCUUCAUACUCUGUUGCGCAAAGGCUGAUUUGGAGUGGAGUUGGUUACUACUGGGGCAAGAAAGAUGAUAAGAACAGCGAUUCUGUGGAUGAUGUAUUAAGGCCAGAUUCGAAAACUGUAAUGGCAGUUCAGGGAGUCAGUGCAGCAAUGGCUGGUGGCAUGUCUGCCCUCAUUACAAUGCCACUAGACACGAUCAAGACAAGACUUCAAGUCUUGGAUGGUGAUGAGAAUGGCCGUCGAGGACCAACAGCUAUGCAGACUGUGAGGAAAUUGAUUAAGGAAGGUGGUUGGAUGGCCUGCUACAGAGGGUUGGGACCUCGAUGGGCUUCAAUGUCAAUGUCUGCAACAACAAUGAUCACCACAUAUGAGUUUUUAAAACGGCUUUCAACAAAGAAUCAAGAAGUUCUGACAAGGUAGAAGAUUUACAACAAAAGAGAAAACAGAGAGAAAAGAGGUUUUUCCCCCUCUCUUCUGUGUCUAACUCUUCUUACUCUCCUCUUAUCUCAUCUUUCCCUCACUUUUUUGCCUUUUCACCUUUACCUAGCCAGCAUGACUGCUUGGUCAAUGUAGGUUAUUGCUGGUACCUUCAUAUAUAUGUGUGUGUGUGAUGGAAAUAAAUAUUUUCUUCCAAUGCACCUGUGUUUUUUGAGUCUCGGUUGAAGCUAUGCAAAUGCUUAGCUGUGGUGUCAAAGUUGGACGGUUCGGUGUCAAGCCAUAGAUGACUACUGUUGGGAAAAUCUAAUCAUGCGACUGUAGGGAAACCUUUGUUUAAUUUCUGGAUAUUGAUAUCAAAGAGUUCUUUACAGUUGAAUUGAAGCAUAAUUACCCAGGGUUUGAAAAA